UACUUCAGCUUCUAGGGUUUCUCCCACCAUUUCGUCUGUUUUCAGCCUCUUCUAUCAUUUUCUCCUAACCCUCUCUACCAGUAACGAAAAUGGCGGAUUCGUUGGUGUUGCGCGGCACCAUGAGAGCCCACACUGAUUGGGUCACCGCAAUUGCCACCCCAAUCGACAACUCCGACAUGAUUGUCACGUCUUCGCGUGACAAAUCCAUCAUCGUUUGGCGCCUCACCAAGGAAGACAAAACCUAUGGUGUCGCCCAGCGCCGUCUGACUGGUCACUCCCACUUUGUUCAAGACGUCGUUCUCUCAUCCGACGGCCAGUUCGCCCUAUCCGGAUCAUGGGACGGUGAACUCCGUCUAUGGGAUCUCAACGCUGGAACCACCGCACGCCGGUUCGUUGGUCACACCAAGGAUGUCCUCUCUGUUGCAUUCUCGAUCGACAAUCGUCAGAUUGUGUCUGUGUCGCGUGACAAAUCCAUCAAACUGUGGAACACACUCGGUGAGUGCAAAUAUACAAUCCAAGAUGGUGAUGCUCACACUGAUUGGGUAAGCUGUGUUCGUUUCAGCCCUAACACAUUGCAGCCAACGAUCGUCUCAGCUUCUUGGGAUAAGACAGUGAAGAUCUGGAAUUUGACUAAUUGCAAGCUGAGGUCAACUUUAACCGGCCAUGCCGGAUAUGUUAACACCGUUGCGGUGUCUCCGGAUGGUUCUCUGUGUGCUAGUGGUGGGAAAGAUGGGAUGAUUUUGCUAUGGGACUUGACUGAAGGAAAGAGACUGUACUCUCUAGAUGCUAGUUCGAUUAUUCACGCCCUCUGUUUCAGCCCUAAUAGGUACUGGCUAUGCGCUGCUACGGAGUCCAGCAUUAAAAUCUGGGAUCUGGAGAGUAAGACCAUUGUUGUGGAUCUUAAGGUUGAUCUCAAGCAGGAGUCUGAAAUGGCAGCUGAAGGCACCGCUACGCAAACCAAUGCUGGAAAAACUAAGGUUAUCUACUGCACAAGCUUGAGUUGGAGUGUGGAUGGAAGCACACUGUUUAGUGGAUAUACAGAUGGAGUUAUAAGAGUUUGGGGUGUUGGUCGCUACUAGAAACGAUCAAAGGUUAGUUGCAGGCAUCGUGAUGGCUAUUUCGAUUAGGUUCCAGUUUUGGAGACAUUUUUACUUUGUGUUGUUUCUUGAGUUUACUUUAUUAUACUUCUCUAUCAAUACCCUUUAAUUUUUGGCUUUUCUUGAUGAAUUUACCAAGUAUGAUUGUUGCUGGAUGCAUUAUGCAGAGUUGUGUUUUAUGUACAAGUAGAAUAGACAUGAAUGGGUUGUCUUCUUUUUUAAAAUACAUGUUUUUAAGAGUUU